AUGUAUGAAACAGAUACCACGAGAAUUACCAUUAACCUCUCAAAAGGGACUCUUGAUCUCGGCGCAGGUGGGGAUUGGCGUCACACGCUUUUCUACAACGAACACGAGGGAUCCCAACAUUUCCAGCUCAGUCGAUGUUUCACAUUCCAUCCAAACGUCAGCCUGGGAGUGGGUGGAGAAUUCUCAGGCUAUUUCCUCCAAUUUCGCGUUCUCCCGAGGGAUGCAGAAAGUGCCGCGGUGUCCUGGGAGGUAUACAUCCGUAGUGAUCUGGGAUGGGCCUCCAUCUACCUCAGAUCCUCUUACGCGAAGGUGAAGGUGAAGCCGAGAAGAAGCAACCACGUGAUUCUCUCGGCGAAAGAGGUCCAUCAGAUGAACACCGUGGCUCACUCCUGCGAGCAAAUCUUCGGGACCCGUUGCAAUGUGUCUUCCCCGUCUCACAGUGCCUGGAGACAUGCCUUUGGAAGAGGUCUUCAGCGAGAGUCAAAUCUCAUGCCGACUACCGGAAUGGUAGUCCGUCGGAUUUGCACAUCCCUGCCGGAAUGUGCAAAUCCGACGGACAUCAUCCCCAUGGCCAUCUCGUGCUACGGCUACUUCAUCAACGGGACACCUUCAGAACUGUCCCUGCCGACCUCCCUGCGAUCUUCUACCGUACUCCGCCCACGUCCAGCCCGAGGAGGAAACCCAUUCCGACUUCUCUCAGAUCCGGAUCUACUUCGUGGAGAACACCGCCGAGGUGUUGAUCGACAGCGAGGCCUACGAUUUCGUCUAAGUGGUCGGGGAAUUCGGGGGUUGCCUCGGCAUAAGUCUCAUGCCAUGGCUCGGAAUGCCAUGGCUCGGAAGGGACUCUUCGUCAGAAUUUCCGCUUGUGUUGGCGUGGUUCUCGUCGUCCUCGGAGCUGUGAUGCAUCGAGGCGCAAUCGACGGUUUUGGGUCAUACGGGCUGGCUUUCAUGACUGUGGGAGGUUUCAUUCUCUUGUGCGUCUGCCUUGUCUGGCUCAAUAAGAGGAGAAAUGACACGGAACGUGACGGGACGGCCACAGAAACGACAUCAACUUGCCCCCCAGCAACGAGUCCAGUUGACCUUCCGCCGUCGUACGUAGAGGCCCAGCUACCCGCGCAUGGGCCACUCAACCCUCAAGCGCUGUCACCAUCAGCGAGACAGGGAGCAGGGAUUCCUUCAAGUGGACCGGCAGCGUCCUGGACGCAGUUCGACCUCCCUCCCUCUUACGAAGAGGCCGUUCGUGGGGCCAAGGACGACGAACCUCCGCUGUGCUCUCCUUGUUCGAAGGAGAGGUUCUAG